AUGCAGUGUGGGAAGUGCUUCAGCCAAAGGCAACAUGUCAAGACUCACCGGCGAGUGCACACAGGUGAGAAGCCUUUUGCCCAGAAGCAGCCACUGAUCAACCACUUACGGGUGCACACUGGUGAGCGGCCGUACGGGUGCCACGAAUGUGGGAAGACAUUCCAGAAUCAGACCACGCUGACCAUCCACCACCGGAUACACACGGGUGAACGUCCUUUCCGUUGCCUGCUGUGUGGAAAGACCUGCAGUCAGUUGCAGCACCUCGAGAGCCAUCAGCGAGUUCACCGUGCUGAGCAGCACUUGUUUGCGGAGAGCAACGGUAAAGCUCUAGCGCUCAGGAAGGCACGCGAGAUGCAGGAGAAGCCGUAUUGGUGCCCGGAAUGCGAGAAGCACUUCCGGGAUGAAAACAUCAUGCAGGCUCACCUCCAGAUCCACAGGGAUAAGAAGGCUCUUGGGUACGGCAACCCAAGUCCAUCACUUCCCAUCCAGCCGAAAAAGACUCCGCUGGACUCUGAGCCUGUGGAGAAAGCGGCAGGAGUGAACCAGAAUCUCCCCACCCUUGUCCCAAGGAGACCCUUUGUGUGCACUGACUGUAGCAGGACAUUUACACAGUCCAAAUAUCUUGCCUUACAUCAGAAGAGCCACCAAUGA